AUGUCGGACACCAGUACAGCUCAACCCAAUUGGCAUGGCCUAUCCAAUCCUCUGUCGGGCAAAGAAUUCGUCGAACUACCCUUACUAUCAUCAUACAAUAAUGCGUUCUUGGAAACCAUCACUGAGGAGGGUAGCGAGUUUGAACCGUCAGAAGACGGGAGUGCCAGUUUCGAACAAAGUGAUUAUUUGCCGUUUGAACCGAUUCGCGUGGAGCAAGCCACCAGCUCACUGGUUCGCGUAGAUCCUUCGUUGAUGAUUGGGGAAUUGGACAGUCCAGACUAUGAGGAAGUAUUUCCCAUGCCCAUUCAGUCAUUUCCUGCUUUUCGAAAAGAUCUUUUGGAUUACUCCAAUCUUCUAAUCCCUCUCACGAAAACCAAAUGUUCUGAGAAGCUCAGUGUGACUCAGAACGCGGGACAACUGACCCCAAAACAGAACGGAGGAAAAACGUUUACCACAGAUAUGGACAAUACAAAAAAUACAAUACAGACGAAAGCUGCUGAAGGAAAUACCACAGAUGAACUUAUCAAAACCUCUGAUUAUCAAAGUUACGAUGAGGCAGACUUACCGGCUGAUGAAGGAGAGGAUGACGGAUGGUGUGAGGGAACUGCGUUAGACCAGACUCCAGGUCGGUCGGAGACGAUUAAGCGUAUCGGCUCUAGCAACAUAUCCGACCAUUCCACUCUCCCUCGAGUUGGCUUUGAUGGCUUGUUUGAACCAUUGGAGAACCGGUUAAAUCCGUUCAGAGCUUGGUCGGACGAACAGGAUACAAAAAGUGAAGAAGUGUUGGUGCUAUCGGCGGAAGGAGAAAACGAGAAACUUGUCUGGAAAUUGGAGCCCCGUAAUCAGACGUUUAGCAUGAGUGAAAAUCCACUCACUUCAUCGCCUCCUACUGUAAACGAUGUUACGCCUCGUGUGCCUCAAAGGACCACCACUCAUUCGUUUCCCCCCAGUCCGAACAUUUGUGAAAACCUUUUAAAUCCUAUGGAAUGUAAACGGCCAAACGCUAAUGGUAAACCAACUGGUCAAGGAAUCGUAACUCGUGGCAAUAUAACACCAGACAUUAAAACAACCAGUUCAGAAGACACGACACAAAUAACAACCAACAAUGUAUCGGACCUCGGCACUCCUCAAACUACUUCGGUUCCGGCUGUUUCACGUCCCAUUCUACCACGAUUUUGCGACUCAACUUCAUCCAAAUCACGAACGAUGGAAUUCGAUCCGAUCCCCCCACCAAAACCUCAAUUCCCUCGUCACGGACUUCCCGAACUACUAUUCGGACAGUCCAAGGGAUUAUCGAGUUCCAUGGGUGUGACACACAUGUCAACACCAACUUCAACCGCUCUCACACGACCCCCACUUCCCCCAAGGCCCAGUGUCAAACCAGUCAAUCAGAACAAUAACCCACCAUUUCAACCGACUCUUUCCUACAGAGAAAUAUUGUCCACAACACAUGCGACUGAUGUGACUAGAAUACCAAAGAGUCAAUCCUUUCAUUCAACAUUCACCUCUCAAACUUUUCAACCCACAUACCCAUUGGUCGGAACUAGUGUGCCUCAGUCAGUCACCGGUCCUGGUGCACACCCCAGUCCCAUGCUCAACUCCAAUAUGGAAACCUUUGUAAAUCCGGCGACCUCGAGUUAUUUAAGUACUCGUGGUACACCGAUGUUCAACUAUUCCACAUCAUUACAGUCACACACGAAUUGGCUUUCUGCAACACACGGUCGUUUAUCUCCUCAUUCCCUUCCGGGCCAAACCGUAAACGGCACAAUGGAAAAUCACGAUGAUGUGUUGAUUGAAAAUCCAGCCUACAUGUCCACAUUCAUACCCGAGUAUACAAAGCGUCCGAUUAGCAAACAUCACACAUUAUCUAAUGAAGGUAAUUUCACAUCGAACUCCCUCGGCAAAGGUCGAUCGAACAGCACCAGUAUACCGUCUACCACCAACACCCCCCUAUCCCAAACUCAUACGACAUCAACCGAUGUACCGAGCGCACACUCAACAUCUCGAAUACCGUCCGAGGAGCGGGGUUCUGACCAGCCUGGUACUGUACGAAAGAGUCCACCGGGAACAAGCAUUGCGGACAGUCAGGCUAAAGGUAGUCCUCUGUGGAUUGCCAAUUCGACUCCACUAGCCCAUUAUUACGCUACUCACAGUGCCAUGGCCGGAAAAAAUGAUUCAGGUGGAACUUGGUUGUCUAGUCUAGCGAAACCGACUAUCUCGCGACUGCCAGAAGAUCGAGUAUUACUUACCAGUGAUUUGAAUGACAAAACGAAAUCCAAUCCGAAUCCACGACCCAUUCAACGUUCAUUUGCUGUGGUCGGAGUGAGUGAACUGUUGGCCAAAACAGAUGAAGAGUUGAACCAGUUCAUGCAAAACACGGCGAAGCAAAAAACGCGCGCCAGACCAGAGUUGAUAGAUGAACUGAGCAAUGAGUCCUCGGGAAAUCAAGCAUCUUCGACUUCCGGUGGUCCGAUAGAACACUCACCGAUUAGAAGAAGAUUUCAAUCAAGCCGUGCAAUCACCUCGGCCGGAACAGAGGAAAUAUUGCGUCAGUUACGUUUGCUGAAUCAGAACACGCAAUUCGUUUGGUCUGAUAGUUGCCCCACAGCUUCAAACGCUCACGAUCGUAGAUCGAUCAAAGAACUGGAUGAUAUGUUUUCUCAGUGGGAUAUGCCGUUCAUUGAUAGUGACUCAUUCUUGAACGAACCGUGGAAUAAUGGUAACAAUGGACCAGAGGCAUGGAGGCUGAAUUAUUCACGCAAACCAAUUCGUGCAAAUUUGGAUGAAGUAACUCUGGCUUCCGUGGCAUGA